AUGGAAUCUCCCCCUAGUAGUACACCUUUGCCUGCCAACAUCGAAGAAAAUCUCUCCCGUGACUGGGUUAAUUGGAACCACUGUGUUCAACUCCAAUGUAAACUGGUUGCCGACGCUCACGACCACAAAAUACCCAACUGGGCUGUUCCCAACGUGAAUGCAACUUGGAUGGCCAGAAGGAACCGAUUUGGAAAAGGACUGAUCAACUUCAAAGAUUUUGGUGAAACCGGCAAUGUUGCGUCUGCCUAG